AAAAAAGUGCAUGUUUUCAAUUUAUUGUCACACGAACUGAAGAAGUUGUUGUGUACGGACGUGUCUUUUAAUUAAUUUCGUGUGUUUGUGCAAAAAAGUUAUUAAAAAAUAUAAUUAAAAAUGAGUAGCUACAGAAAUCCUCGCGGUGGCAGACGUCCCAUGCAAGCUAAACCAUUUAUAAGUGCUGAUACCGGGGAACAAUAUAACACACCCGUUAAAGCACCACCAGUACAGCAACCGCCACCUGCACCAACCCCAGUUCCCGCACCGGUGCAACAGCCACAAGUAUUUGAAAAUACUGAAAAUCCCGAGGGGAAUCCUUUCAAGGACAAUGAUUCUGAAUUGAAUGUGUCGGGUUUGGUUGAUGAAAAUGGCAAAGUUAAAUUCAAGAAAAUAUUUGCUGUUCGCAAGAAGGCUUCAGUUCGUGCCAAGGAGAAGCGUAUUCGCCAAAAUCGUCGUUUACGCAAAACACUGGUGCCCAAAAAUGCUCUCAUGGCUCUGAAUGAAUUGAAAGGAGUUUCUGUGGGCGAUUUUGUCAUUAACUCCAAUCCCAAUGGCGGUUUCAUUGCUUUGGUUACAUGUAACAAUAACCAAUAUGAAGGACAUGGCAUAUCCAAAACAGCAGCCAAGAAUAGUGCCUGUGAAAAGGCUUUGCGUGAUUAUAUCAUUGCUAAAAUGCGUGAGAGACCACGUAAAAUGUCAAAUGGCAACAAUGCCAAUGCCAUGGAUACCAGCGAGGGUAAUGAUACCAGUGGUGACGGCAAUGAUGCUGUCAAUGAGGAAGCUGAGGAUGUACCGAUGGUAAACCUGGCUUCGUUUGCCAUUUACAAGCUAUUUUCGGAAUGGGAAAAUGAGGGAUUCAUUAUUCCCGAAAUGCAUCCUGCAUCGGCGGCUGCUGCCAGUGGCAAUAUUAGUGACAACGAAAGCAUGGCUGGUGUCAAGGAACCCAAAAAGCCACCAAUUCGUACCGAAUUGCCACCAAAUUGGGAAGCAAUGCACCCUGCUUCGUUGUUGUGUUUCAUGCGUCCCGGUGUUACAUACACAGAUAAGGGCACAACUGGCGAAAAGCCAAACAUUUUGCACACUUUGGCCAUAACAGUUGACAAUCAAGAGUUUGAGGCAUGUGGCCGUUCUAAGAAAAUUGCCCGUCGUAAUGUUGCGGCAAUUGCUUGUAAUACAUUAUUUGACACAAACUUUGAUGAAGAAAUGAAAACUGAAUAAAUCCCCAUCAUCUUAGUUCGUAGGCAUUUUUAGACAUAAAAAAGAACAACAACCCCCCCUCAACACACAGACACACACAUCCUAGUUCAUAUAAAAAAUACAUUACGGUAGACGAUUCUCAAAAAACUGUAUUUUUAGUUUUAGUUUAUAUAUUUCUAUGUCUAUAUGUGACAAUGGCAAAUUUCCUUUUGGCUUUUUCCCUUCUCUACACAUGGAUUAAAUAAAACAAGGAGAUAUGUAAAGACAACUUGGAUUAAGAACUCUAA